AUGACAUUGUCCUGUCGCGCAACUCAGCUUCAACUAUGGCGCGAGAUCGCUUCAGAAGGCCACGAGUUGAAUGAGCCAGUGAAGAGACAUCUUGACUUCAUUCAAAGGCGUUUCGACAGACUUGACUCGGAAGGUUUUGUCUGGUCCAAGGAUUCGAUACUCGGUAUCUUCCUUCAACUGGGCCUACCGGAAGGCCAACGAAGCCCAUUCUUUUUGAUCACCUUCAACGAACUAUUAGAAUCUCGUGUUGUUCUUAGAUCUGAAAUCUCAUCCCAUGUCGUUAAAGAAGUGGUUCAAAUUCAAGAAUUAGAACAUAAAACUCGUCGGCUUGGUCUCUUGGAUUUACCUCUCGAGAUAUUUCACAAGAUACUUGAAAGACUUGAAAUCAUGGCUAUGAUCGAAGCUUCCGAAAUCAAGCAUCGAAAGCACCAGAGCACCGUGGUGAUCUCCAAUUCAGGCAACAAGCAACCAUACAUGACUUAUUUGCACCGAAACUCGCCAAUCUUGAAUACUAUUCAAACUUUUGCAAUUACUUGUCGUGAAGUAUAUCAAAUAUGUCGACCAUGGUUGUGGCGAAGACUCAAAUUUCCUACUCGUCUUCCAGCACCCAUAGAUCUAUGGACCAAAGACAUUCUCCUCAAGCAAGGCUCUCUUGUCCAGUCUCUAGAACUUGAGCUCUCUAAAAACUGUGGUAAACCUGUAGGAUUUGCCGAACGUGAUUCAUUUUACGAUAAUCUCACCAUUCAAAGUCAAUUUGGUGUUCAGUGUAUCUCCCCAGAGAACGUAAAAAAAUUGAUCCAUCUAUGCUUCAAUCUUUCUACGCUGAACUUUUGGUAUGAGCUUGAUGGAGAACCAGGCGCGGGGGUCGAAGUCUUCAAUUUUCUAUUAGACUUAUCUCCUCUCAUAACUGGUCUCAAACAACUCCGACAUUUGUCAUUAUCGUAUCGCGCGAGCGAGGAAAACGUGCUGGCAUUUCCAUCAAAACUUAUUCUUGGUCUACCUUUGCUUGAGUCGCUUAGAUGUUUUGAUCUAGAUGUAUCAGCAGAUCAAGGAAGUCUUGGUGAUGGUCCACCUGGACUCAUUCUAUCCAAACUCCAGCAUUUAUCAACAUUGUUUCUAUUUAGCAUUGAAGGUAUAAAUGAAAACUGGUGCCUUUACGAUUGGCCAAAGAAGAUCACUCACCUGAGAAUUUGCCGUUGUAAUGCUUUAUCAUCAACUACGGUGCAUCAAAUCAUUCAGCACAUUGCACCUCACCUCAAAACACUGUUGCUCUGCUUUAAAGAAGAUGAUAACAGCUUGGAAACAGACUCUGCCUGGAAUGCUGAAAUUCGUUUCUCUCUUCCACAUCUAAUUGACUUGACCCUUUGUGCCCAGAACCCCCACUUACUUGACAGCUUCCGAAACUGUAAAUCCCUGAGAACUCUUUACUGGAACUACAUGACAGUAGAACAUUGCAGGACACUCAAUGGGAUUUUGUUCCGAGCCAAUUGGCCUGAGCUCAAGAAUCUAACAGUACUUCCUAAUCAUUAUUCCCAGGAAGACGCUCAAAGUCCACAAUAUCAAGCAAUCGAAGGUGAAUUGGUUUGGUUGGAAAAUUAUUGUGAAGAGGCCGAUAUCAAAGCAGUCAUACACCGGCGUCGGCGUUUCGCGUACCCGUACCAGCCAUGA